AUGGCGGACGCAGUGGGCGGAGCAGCCAAGGCUAAUGGGGUCAAUGGCCAUGCGAAUGGCUAUCCCAGCCAGUUGGCGGCGAAACACAACUUGGCAUCUCAUUUCAUCGGAGGCAAUGACUUGUCAAAGGCAGCACCGAGUAAAGUGAGAGAAUUUGUGGCUGCACAUGAUGGCCACAGUCCGAUCACCAAGAUCCUGAUCGCCAACAACGGUAUCGCGGCCGUCAAGGAGAUCCGAUCGAUACGGAAAUGGGCUUACGAGACGUUUGGCGAUGAAAAGGCGGUGGAGUUCACUGUCAUGGCUACACCAGAAGAUUUGGGAGCGAAUGCCGAUUAUAUUCGCUUGGCUGAUCACUACACCGAGGUUCCGGGUGGCACAAACAACAACAACUACGCCAAUGUCGACCUUAUUGUCGACGUGGCUGAGCGAGAAGGUGUUCACGCUGUAUGGGCUGGAUGGGGCCACGCAUCUGAGAACCCAAAACUCCCCGAGUCUCUGGCGGCUUCACCCAAGAAGAUCAUCUUCAUCGGUCCUCCCGGAUCUGCUAUGCGAUCACUCGGCGACAAGAUUUCCUCUACCAUUGUUGCACAGCAUGCCCAGGUGCCUUGCAUUCCAUGGUCGGGUACUGGCGUCGAUCAAGUUGAGGUCAAUGAGAACGGCAUUGUCACCGUUGCCGACGACAUCUAUAUGAAGGGCUGCGUGACCAGCGUCGCCGAAGGCCUAGAGGCUGCCAAGAAGAUCGGCUUCCCAGUGAUGGUGAAGGCGUCUGAAGGUGGUGGUGGAAAGGGUAUCCGCAAAGUUGACCGAGAGGAAGACUUCGAGCAGCUGUACAAGGCAGCCGCUAGCGAGAUUCCUGGCUCACCAAUCUUCAUCAUGAAGCUCGCUGGCCAAGCCCGGCAUUUGGAAGUCCAACUUCUGGCCGAUCAGUAUGGCAACAACAUUUCGCUUUUCGGACGUGAUUGCUCGGUUCAACGAAGACAUCAGAAGAUUAUCGAGGAGGCUCCGGUGACGGUUGCCAACCAAGCUACAUUCCAGAAGAUGGCUGACGCAGCUGUGUCUCUUGGACAGCUUGUCGGCUACGUCUCAGCUGGUACCGUCGAGUAUCUGUACUCGCACGCUGACGACAAAUUCUACUUCCUCGAGCUCAACCCACGUCUUCAGGUCGAGCACCCUACCACCGAGAUGGUCUCGGGUGUCAACAUCCCAGCUGCCCAGCUCAUGGUCGCUAUGGGUAUACCUCUUCACCGCAUCCGUGACAUUCGAUUGCUCUACGGUGCAGACCCGCACACCAGCAGCGAGAUCGACUUCAACUUCACCAAAGCCGACACCUCGCUCAAGCAGCGCCGACCAAAGCCCAAGGGCCACUGCACCGCUUGCCGUAUCACAUCCGAAGAUCCUGGAGAGGGUUUCAAGCCUUCCGGCGGUACCAUGCACGAGCUGAACUUCAGGUCAUCCAGUAACGUCUGGGGAUAUUUCUCUGUCGGUGCAGCAUCCUCCAUUCACAACUUUUCCGACUCGCAGUUCGGCCACAUCUUCGCGUAUGGCGAGAGUCGACAGGCUUCCCGCAAGCAUAUGGUCGUGGCUUUGAAAGAGCUGAGCAUUCGUGGUGACUUCAGGACAACGGUCGAGUACCUUAUCAAGCUGUUGGAGACUCCAGCUUUCGAGGACAACACCAUCACCACCGGCUGGCUCGAUGAGCUUAUCAGCAAGAAGCUGACUGCUGAACGACCGGAUCCUAUGCUCGCCGUGGUAUCUGGAGCCGUGACCAAGUCGCACAUGGCUAGCGAGGCGUGCCUCACUGAGUACAGGGUAGGCCUUGAGAAGGGUCAGACACCUAGCAAGGACAUCCUCAAGACUGUCUUCCCAGUCGAAUUCAUCUACGAGGGCAUGAAGUACAAGUUCACCGCGACACGCUCGAGCGCGGACAGCUAUACACUUUUCAUCAACGGCAGCAAGGCUCUCGUUGGUAUCAGGCCUCUCUCUGACGGCGGUCUUCUUGUCCUGCUCGGCGGUCGUUCGCACAAUGUAUACUGGCAAGAGGAGGUCGGGGCUAUCCGCAUGUCCGUAGAUGGCAAAACCUGCCUUCUUGAACAAGAGAAUGACCCUACACAACUCCGCACACCUUCACCGGGCAAGCUCGUCAAGUAUGCACUCGAGAACGGCUCGCACAUCAAGAAGGGACAAGCUUUUGCCGAAGUCGAGGUCAUGAAGAUGUACAUGCCGCUUCUUGCUCAGGAAGACGGUAUUGUCAACUUCCUCAAGCAGCCAGGCGCGACACUCGAGGCUGGUGAUGUCCUCGGUAUCUUAGGCCUUGAUGACCCGACCAAGGUCAAGUCUGCUCAGCCUUUCUUGGGACACCUCCCAGAAUUCGGCACACCCCUUGUGUUGGGUGCCAAGCCACCGCAGCGAUUCACCUACCUGUAUAGUGUCCUUCAGCACAUACUGCAAGGUUAUGACAACCAGGUCAUCAUGGCCCAGUCACUCAAGGGUCUCAUCGAGGUCCUCCGUGACCCCGAGCUCCCAUACGGCGAGUGGAGCGCACAAGCUUCUGCCCUUCACUCCCGUAUGCCCGCUAAGCUGGAUCAAUCUUUCGAGCAGAUUGUGGAACGUGCUCACGGCCGCCAGGCUGAGUUCCCAGCUAAGCAGCUGCAAAAGGCCCUCGAGAAGUUCUUGUCAGAGAACACAAGCCCAGGGGACGCUGACCUCUUGCGAUCCGGACUUGCGCCACUGCUCGACAUCAUGACCAAGUACAACGACGGCCUCAAGGCGCAGGAAUUCGGAGUCAUGAUCGAGUUGUUCCGCCAAUACUAUGCUGUUGAAAGCAUCUUCUCUGCGCGCCAGACUCGUGACGAGGAAGUGGUCAUUGCUCUUCGCGACGCCAACAGAGAUAAGGUUGCCCAAGUCGUGCAGACUGUGCUCUCACACACUCGCGCCAGCGCCAAAAACAACCUCAUUGUUGCCAUUAUGCAAGCAUACCGCCCGAACCAGCCAGGUGUGGGCAACGUUGCCAAGUACUUCAAAGACUCUCUGCAGAAGCUUGCCGAGCUAGAAGGUCGGGCUACAGCCAAAGUCGCUCUGAAGGCACGUGAGCUUCUCAUUCAGUGCGCCAUGCCGUCGCUUGAGGAGCGUACGUCCCAGAUGGAGCAUAUCUUGCGAUCUUCAGUGCUCGAGUCACGAUAUGGCGAGAGUGGAUGGGAUCAUCGCGAGCCCAAUCACGAGGUCAUCAAAGACGUUGUCGAUUCGCGCUUCACGGUCUUCGACGUGCUGCCCAACUUCUUCACCCACCAGGACCCGUGGGUAUCGCUAGCGGCUCUUGAGGUGUACAUCCGACGUGCGUACCGUGCGUAUCAACUCAAGACCAUCGACUAUGUCACCGACAACGAUACUCCUUACGUUUUGGCAUGGGACUUCGCGUUGCGCAAGGUUGGCGAGUCUGAGUUUGGACUGCCAGUCAUCUCCUCGCACCCAUCUACACCCGGCACACCAGCAGAGGGCUUCCAGCGUGUCCACUCGAUCAGUGACAUGAGCUACUUGUCACGUCAAACCGGCGCCGAGCCAACGCGAAAGGGUGCUAUAGUACCAGUGAACUUCAUUGAUGAGGCUGACGAGCACCUUGGAAAGGCUUUGAGCACCUUCCCAGUCAAUGGCAGUAAGAGUGAGCCUGGCCUUAUGGCCGACCUGAGCCGCAGCCGCCGCCCACAGAUUUCUGUUCAACAGCCGGGUACCACCGAUGAGCUUACGAAUGUAUGCAAUGUGGCUGUUCGUGACGCCGAGAGCAUGGAUGACCAGGACAUCUUGGCACGCAUCAAGCCUAUUGUGGAGGACUACAAGGGCGAGCUGCUCGCUCAUGGCGUGCGCCGAUUGACCUUUAUCUGCGGCCACAAGGACGGCACAUAUCCCGGUUACUACACUUUCCGCGGGCCACAAUAUGACGAGGACAGUAGUAUCCGUCACAGCGAGCCCGCCACUGCCUUCCAGCUUGAGCUCACGCGCCUGAGGAACUUCAAUAUCCGACCAGUCUUCACCGAAAACCGCAACAUCCACAUGUAUGAGGCUCUCGGUAAGGGCAAUUCGGAGAGCGACAAGCGCUACUUUGCUCGUGCCAUUGUCAGACCCGGCCGUCUUCGCGAGGACAUGCCCGUUGCUGAGUACAUGAUCAACGAGGCUGACAGAUUGAUGACCGACAUCUUGGACGCGAUGGAGAUUAUCGGCAACAACAACUCUGACAUGAACCAUAUCUUCAUCAACUUCUCUUCGCCACUGCCAUUGGACCCAUCAGAGAUCCAGGAAGCCUUGUCCGGGUUCCUGGACCGCUUUGGUCGCCGGGCGUGGAGGCUUCGGGUGACGGGUGCUGAAAUCCGAAUUAUUUGCCAAGACGAGGUCACUGGUCACGCCUAUCCUCUACGUGUCAUCAUCACGAACACUUCCGGAUACAUUAUCAAGGUCGAGUUGUACGAGGAGCGCAAGUCUGACAAGGGUAAUGAGUGGUACUUCCACUCUAUCGAGGGUGGAAGCGGAGGGAGCAAGACAGGCAGCAUGCACUUGCGACCAGUUGCCACUCCCUACGAGAUCAAGGGCGCCCUGCAACCAAAGCGCAACAAGGCUCAUCUUAUGGGCACGCAGUAUGUCUACGACUUCCCUGAGCUCUUCCGCCAAGCUAUUGAGAAUAGCUGGAAGAGUCUCGUGGCCGUUCAUCCCAGCUUGAAAGGCAGCCAGCCACAGCAAGGCGAGUGCAUCGACAUCAACGAGCUUGUUUUGGACGAUUCCGACAAUCUUGCGGAGGUCGAUCGCGAGCCGGGCGCCAACACCAUUGGUAUGAUCGCGUGGAUCAUCACUGCCAGGACACCCGAGUAUCCUCGUGGUCGCCGAUUCAUCAUCAUCGCCAACGAUAUCACUUACAAGAUCGGGUCCUUCGGCCCUCAGGAAGACAAAUUCUUCCACAAGUGCUCCGAGCUGGCUCGUAAGCUUGGCAUUCCUCGCAUCUACCUGUCUGCCAACUCCGGUGCACGCAUUGGUAUGGCUGAGGAGUUGAUCCCUCACUUCGAUGUCGCAUGGAAGGACGAGAAGAGACCGGAGAUAGGCUUCGAGUACCUCUACCUUACCCCGGAGAAGAAGGCUCGCUUCGAGGAUGGCAUGCUCAAGCACGUCAUCACCGAGGAGAUCAAGGUCGAUGGCGAGGUCCGCCAUAAGAUCACCACUAUCGUUGGUGCUGAAGAGGGUCUCGGUGUGGAGUGCUUGAAGGGCUCUGGUCUCAUCGCUGGUGAGACUGCUCGUGCCUACGAGGACAUCUUCACCAUCACGCUCGUCACCUGCCGAUCCGUUGGUAUUGGCGCUUACCUGGUCCGUCUCGGCCAGCGUGCUAUCCAGAUUGAAGGCCAGCCAAUCAUCCUCACUGGUGCGCCUGCCAUCAACAAGCUUCUUGGCCGUGAAGUGUACACCAGCAAUUUGCAAUUGGGUGGCACCCAAAUCAUGUACAAGAACGGUGUCUCCCACAUGACCGCCAACGACGACUUCGAGGGUGUCAGCAAGAUCAUCAAGUGGCUCUCAUUCGUGCCAGACAAGAAGGGCAACCCUGUGCCCAUCCAGCCCGCCGCUGACAACUGGGAUCGAUCAAUCACCUUCACGCCACCAAACAAGCAGCCUUACGAUGUCAGGCACUUGAUCGCUGGUCAGCAGACUGCAGAUGGCUUCUUGACCGGUCUUUUCGACAAGGACUCUUUCGAGGAGUCACUCGGCGGCUGGGCCCAGACCGUUGUUGUCGGACGUGCUCGCCUUGGCGGUAUCCCUGUCGGUGUCAUUGGUGUUGAGACCCGCUCUGUCAAGAACGUCUCGCCGGCUGACCCUGCCAACCCCGACUCCAUUGAGCAAGAGACCAUGGAGGCCGGUGGUGUGUGGUACCCCAACAGCGCCUUCAAGACUGCUCAAGCUAUUCGCGACUUCAACAAUGGCGAGCAGUUGCCAUUGAUGAUCUUGGCCAACUGGCGUGGUUUCUCUGGUGGUCAGCGCGACAUGUACAACGAGGUUCUCAAGUACGGCUCGCAGAUCGUUGAUGCACUCGUGCACUUCGAGCAGCCAAUCUUCGUGUAUAUUCCACCUUUCGGCGAGCUUCGUGGUGGUUCAUGGGUCGUCGUCGAUCCUACCAUCAACCCGCAGAUGAUGGAGAUGUACGCUGAUGAGGACGCUCGUGGUGGUGUCCUUGAGCCUGAGGGCAUCGUUGGCAUCAAGUACCGCAAGGAGCGACAGCUCGAGACCAUGGCUCGUCUGGACCCAGCUUACGGCACCCUCAAGCGUCAAUCUCAGGACAAGAACCUGUCUGUCGAGGAGCAGAACGUCAUUAGGAACCAGAUGACCGAGCGAGAGAAGCUUCUGCUGCCAGUGUACUUGCAGAUCUCCCUCCAGUACGCCGACCUGCACGACCGUGCUGGCCGCAUGAAGGCUAAGGACACCAUCCGCAUGCCUCUCGUAUGGAGCAACGCACGUCGCUUCUUCUACUGGCGUCUGCGCCGUAGAUUGAACGAGGAGUACGUCCUCAAGCGCAUGGGCGCUGCUCAGUCCAAGGAGCUCGCCAGCCGUGGGAGCAACCUCAAGACUCUUGAGGCCUGGACAGGCAUCACUGGCUUCGCUACCAAUGACCAGGAGGUCGCGGUCUGGUAUGAGGACAACAGGAAGACUGUGUCCGAGAAGAUUGAGCAAGUCAAGACCGAUAGCAUCGCGUAUGAUGUUGCUGCAUUGAUGAGGAGUAACAAGAAUGGCGGUUUGAAGGGUGUUGCACAGGUACUGUCGAUCCUGCCUAUUGACGAGAAGCAAGAGGUGCUCAAGUGGUUGGCGAAGCAGUAA